ACAGCGGAGGAGCGGGAACGCCCGCGGGGUGUCCUCUGGGAGCAGCGGGGAACGUGAGGCGCGGUCGGCCCAGGAAGGGUCUCGCGGAGAGGUCGUUGUGGCAGCGGGGAACCUUGAUGAGCUCCCCAGGAGGGCGAGAACGCAAAGUGCAGAGUCGGGUGUGCAGCGGCGGGGGUGUGUGCGCGCCCCGGUGUGCGCGAGUGUGAGCGCACGGGCGGGUGGGAGCGCGCGUUAGGGAUUCUGCUGGCAUCGCAGCGUGGAGAGCAGGAGGCAGGAGCCGGGCGCGCAGGAGAGCGCGGGGGCUCUGCCGCGCACACGUCGUGCGCGCUCUCUUGUGCACAUACACUCUUUUGCACACACACACACACACACACACACACACACACACACACACACGCCCUUUCUGCUUCGUUGGUUGCUGCUGCCACCAUCUCGGAGCUGAGCCCUGCGGAGCGAGAACCCAAGCUGGAGCUGGGAUCGGAGGCGAGCCCAGCCUGGUGAUGCCGGCCCAGAGCAGAGCCCCGAGCGGACGGCUGGCUCUGAUGCCUCCUGUAUCCAUAGGUCCUGAGAUUCUGGUACCUAUGGGCAAAAAGGCCAACUGAACCAGGCCUAGGCUGAUUCCAGCCCAGCUGCACCCAGCACUACCCACUCACAGGAGUCCUGCUGGCGAGCUGUGAGCCUGGAGUGAGGCCUCAGAGAGGGAUCCUAAGGCAAUGUCCUGGUUCUUUUGAGUCUGUGGGCUGCAAAACUCUCAGGGCUCUGACCGGUCUGGCCUGACCAGUCUUGAGCGGAUUCCUGCCCCCACCUGGUUACAGAACCUCCUUGUGCUUCAGGACUCGGUCAAGCACUGGACCAGUCACGGAGUCACGUGAGCCUCCCUCUGGGAUCUGGCAUGAAGGAGAAAUGGAUUCUGGAUUUCCCACUCUGGCUUUCCCUGACUUCUCCAGAAUCUAAGAAGUAUCCUGAGGCAUCUCUUGCUCAACCUCAGCCCAGAAUCCCUGAGGAUCCAUCCAAAAACCCAACGACUUCAAGACCCAAAAGCUUCAAGCCCCUCUCCCUGGACACAGACUUGACAGAAGUGGCCAGUUCAUCAGGUGAGCGAGAGGAUGCUGGCAGGGGGUAUGAGAAGCAUGCCCAGCCCCCUCCUGGCCUGCUGGCAGCCCAUCCUCCUGCUGGUACUGGGCUCAGUGCUGUCAGGCUCUGCCACAGGCUGCCCGCCCCGCUGCGAGUGCUCAGCGCAGGACCGGGCCGUGCUCUGCCACCGCAAGCGCUUUGUGGCGGUGCCCGAGGGCAUCCCCACCGAGACUCGCCUGCUGGACCUGGGCAAAAACCGCAUCAAGACACUCAACCAGGACGAGUUUGCCAGCUUCCCACACCUGGAGGAGCUAGAACUCAAUGAAAACAUCGUGAGCGCUGUGGAGCCAGGCGCCUUCAACAACCUCUUCAACCUGAGGACUCUGGGGCUGCGCAGCAACCGCCUGAAGCUCAUCCCGCUGGGCGUCUUCACCGGCCUCAGCAACUUGACCAAGCUGGACAUCAGUGAGAACAAGAUCGUCAUCCUGCUAGACUACAUGUUCCAAGACCUAUACAACCUCAAGUCGCUGGAGGUCGGCGACAACGACCUCGUCUACAUCUCCCAUCGAGCCUUCAGCGGCCUCAACAGCCUGGAACAGCUGACGCUGGAGAAAUGCAAUCUGACCUCCAUCCCCACGGAGGCGCUCUCCCACCUGCACGGCCUCAUCGUCCUGCGGCUACGACAUCUCAACAUCAAUGCCAUCAGGGACUACUCCUUCAAGAGGCUGUACCGACUUAAGGUCUUAGAGAUCUCUCACUGGCCCUACCUGGACACCAUGACCCCCAACUGCCUCUACGGCCUCAACCUGACAUCCCUAUCCAUCACGCACUGCAACCUGACAGCCGUGCCCUAUCUGGCAGUGCGUCACCUGGUCUAUCUCCGUUUCCUCAACCUUUCCUACAACCCCAUCGGUACAAUCGAGGGCUCCAUGCUGCAUGAGCUGCUGCGGUUGCAGGAGAUCCAGCUGGUGGGCGGGCAGCUGGCCGUGGUGGAGCCCUAUGCCUUUCGUGGGCUCAACUACCUGCGUGUGCUCAAUGUCUCUGGCAACCAGCUGACCACCCUGGAGGAGUCAGCCUUCCAUUCGGUGGGCAACCUGGAGACGCUCAUCCUGGACUCCAACCCACUGGCCUGUGACUGCCGGCUGCUGUGGGUGUUCCGGCGCCGCUGGCGGCUCAACUUCAACAGGCAGCAGCCCACCUGCGCCACACCUGAGUUCGUCCAGGGCAAAGAGUUCAAGGACUUUCCGGAUGUGCUCCUACCCAACUACUUCACCUGCCGCCGGGCCCACAUCCGGGACCGCAAGGCACAGCAGGUGUUUGUAGAUGAGGGCCACACCGUGCAGUUUGUAUGCCGGGCAGAUGGCGACCCUCCACCAGCUAUCCUUUGGCUCUCACCCCGCAAGCACUUGGUCUCGGCCAAGAGCAAUGGGCGGCUCACAGUCUUCCCUGAUGGCACGCUGGAGGUGCGCUACGCCCAGGUACAGGACAACGGCACGUACCUGUGCAUCGCAGCCAAUGCUGGCGGCAACGACUCCAUGCCCGCCCACUUGCAUGUGCGCAGCUACUCGCCUGACUGGCCCCAUCAACCUAACAAGACCUUCGCCUUCAUCUCCAACCAGCCAGGCGAGGGAGAGGCCAACAGCACCCGCGCCACUGUGCCUUUCCCCUUCGACAUCAAGACGCUCAUCAUCGCAACCACCAUGGGCUUCAUCUCCUUCCUGGGCGUUGUCCUAUUCUGCCUGGUGCUGCUGUUUCUAUGGAGCCGGGGCAAAGGCAACACAAAGCACAACAUCGAAAUUGAGUAUGUGCCCCGGAAAUCGGACGCAGGCAUCAGCUCAGCUGAUGCACCCCGCAAGUUCAACAUGAAGAUGAUAUGAGAACGGGGCAGGGUGGGGGCGCAGGGACCCCCCACCCUCGGUGGAAACACUGGGCAGGGAAGGUGCCUGGCUGCUGCCUUCCCACCUCCUCCCUGCCCUCCUCACACACUCUCCCCCUCCCCACACUCGCCUCGCCCUCACCGCCUGCCCUCCUUCUACCAGGAUUUCAGAAGGCCAGGCCUGAGGACCCCACCUGCACAGGGGCCAGAGUUGACAAAGCCGACGAACCAACACGCGGCAGAGUCAAUAAUUCAAUUAAAAAAAAAGUUACAAACUUCCUCUGUAACUUGGGUUUCAAUAAUUAAUGGAUUUUUAUGAAAACUUGAAAUAAUAAAAAGAAAAAACUAUUUCCUAUAGCUAGUCGGAAUGCAAACUUUUGACGUCCUGAUGGCUCCAGGGCCUUCUUCCAACUCAGUUUCUUGUUUUUCUCUUCCUCCUCCUCCUCUUCCUCCUCUCUCUUCUCUUCCCCUGUGGGGAGGGAUCACUCAGGAAAACAGGGAAGGAGAUUCCAGCCCCACCCUCUGGCCCACUCUGCUGGGCGCCAUUUGGAGCCAUGGGUGGCAGCUCAGCUCCAGGCCCAGCUCCAGCUGUUUUUUUGGCAGGAAGUAGGGGAGGGGAUAGGACUGCCCAGGGGGGAUGGGGUUUGUCUGCUGGAUGUCAGGCAGCACUACCAAGAGGAGGUGGGGGCCAGGCUCGGGUGUGGCUGAAACUGGGAUGGGCUGGGGUCCUCCUGGGGAACAGCACGGUCAGUGGAAAGAGUCAGGAGCCAGAGGCAGGCCGAUUCCUCUCCUCUGGUCCCAGCUCUGCUGCUCACUGUUGUGUGACCUCAAGCAGGUCGCUGGCCCCUCUUGGGCCUCAGUCUCCACAUCUGUACAAAUGGGAACAUUUAUCCCUGCCCUGCCUACCUCACAGGGCUGUUGUGAGGAACUGAUGAGAUGAUGUAUGUGAAACACUUUGUAAUCUGUAAAGCGCUGUGCACAUGUGUG